ACUAAACACUUUUAUCUCGGUGAAAAAGAGUUUUUAUCGUGUUCAAGUCGCUGCUGGGCUUCAGGACAAACUCAGUCCGUGCUUGAGGAACUAAAAUGUCAAAGUAAAGAAACGGAGCGUCGGGAAUGGUUGAGCUGUGCUGAGGAGCAGAAAGCGGAGCUGAGGAUUAAAACGCUCCACGGUCCCUGUAGACGGUUUAAAGUGUGUUGAAUGGACGGCUUAUUCCUCAGGAUGAAACUUUGUCUAUUAAAAACCAACGAGGAGGCCGAAAACGCAGUUACUAAGGCUCUAAAACCCGCGGAGGCAUGUGUAGAUGUAAGAAUAAAACCCUGGAUCUCUGAAUCUGAGAUGUUUGACGGACCAGCAGCCUUUUCCAGAAGUUUAUCAAACAUCUUUCCGUCUCAAUGCCACAGUUUCCACUGAGGACUUCCUCACCUAAAUCCUCUUUCUGGGCUGUAAAACUUGUUUUCAGAACGUUUGGUCACCAGUGAGACUAAAAGAAUAUGUCCCCGUUCACCAGCAGGACUCUUUCUGCACCUCUUCAAGGUUACUACCUGACAUGAAGGACUGAAGUCUGAGGACGCAGCGCCCCCUGCCAGACUCCCUCUGCAGCUGCAGGCCAUGGCUGAGCCCAGCUACUCUGACCUGAUCGCCAAGCACUACAACUACACCGGCAAGUUUCGCAAGACACAGCAGGACUCUGGUCUGAAGGCGGACUCUGUGGUCUUCAUCAUUGUGUGCUGCUUCAUUAUCCUGGAGAACAUCCUGGUCCUGACCACUAUCUGGAGAACCAAGAAGUUUCAUAAGCCCAUGUAUUACUUCAUUGGUAACCUGGCCCUGUCCGACCUACUGGCCGGCGUUGUAUACACUGCCAACAUCCUGCUGUCAGGCGCCAACACGUACAAGCUGACGCCCACACAGUGGUUCUUCAGAGAAGGUAGCAUGUUUGUGGCGCUGGCAGCGUCCGUCUUCAGCCUGCUGGCCAUUGCCAUUGAACGCCACCUCACCAUGCUGAAGAUGAAGCUGCAUAACAAUGGCAACACCUGCCGUGUCUUCCUGCUCAUCAGCACCGUGUGGAUGAUCGCGGCGGUGCUCGGUGGACUGCCGGUGAUGGGCUGGAACUGCAUCCAGAGCAUGACGCACUGCUCCACCGUGCUGCCACUCUACCACAAGACCUACAUCCUGUUCUGCACCACCGUCUUCAGCAUCAUUCUUAUGGCCAUUGUGGUGCUCUAUGCUCGGAUCUACGCGCUGGUGCGCACUCGAAGCCGCAAACUUGUCUUCCGCAAAGUGUCCAAUGGUCGUGGGAAUGCUGGUGCCAAUAGCAAGAGCUCGGAGAAGUCGAUGGCCCUGCUGAAGACAGUCAUCAUUGUCCUGAGCUGCUUCAUUGCCUGCUGGGCUCCACUCUUCAUUCUCCUGCUUCUGGAUGUGGCUUGUGAGACGCUGAGCUGCCCAAUCCUCUACAAAGCCGAGUGGUUCCUGGCACUUGCCGUCCUCAACUCAGCAAUGAACCCGCUUAUCUACACACUGACCAGCAACGAGAUGCGGUGCGCAUUCCUCAAGACGCUGCUUUGCUGCACUGCCUGCAUUCGGCCAAGGGUCAAGUUUACGGGUCCGAUCAUGGGGGCAGAGUUCAGCCGCAGCAAAUCGGAUAACUCCUCCCACCCCAACAAGGAGGAGACGGAGUACUCACCCAGGGAGACGACAGUGGUGUCCUCGGGGAACAUCACCUCGUCAUCCUAAACAUCCAAACGUCCGGUCGUAACUGAGCGGAGGAGAGGAUGAUGUACAGAGUCAGAUGGAGUGAUUGUGUUUGUACAGAAACAUGUGGACAGUGCCAUGUGGAGUGGUCACGAACCUUCAGCGGAUCAGAACUCACAGCACUUAUGGAGACUUUCCAACUGGUUAAAGUGGGAUCAGUGAACCCUGAUAUAGCGGAGGUCCUGCUCUGUAUGUAGCUCACAACCUUCAGUCAGAACCAUCACGUCACCCGCAGGAGGAUCGGCUGCUUUCACUGCUGGAUCUCAGGUUUAUCUCAGCUCACCUGCUUAAAGGUCCUGCUUCAUUCAGGACCUGACCGGGCAAGAAAGUGGCUUAGCAGAUUUCAUCCAAACAUCCUCAUGAUCCAGAACAGGCUUGAAAAAUGCACUUGAUCAGAGACUUAAAACAUCUUGAAGGUUAAUAGAAGCUGUAGUCAUGAAUUAUUGAUGUGUCUUAUUUCAUCGUGAUGGUUGAUAUUACUGAAUGGCAGUGAUGAGCUUCAUAGAAAGUGUUAUUGAUCCUCAUAGAAGAAUCUGACUUUAUACUCACCCUCUAAGAACCACUAGAACCUGUAGCGCUUUAAACACACAGCUGUCAAAUAUUUAAGAAAUACAACUUAAUUCAUGAAGAUUUUUUCCCUCUUCUCUUUCCUUGAAACCUUUGCAUAAGGAAAUCCCCAUGUGAAAUCAGAGCUCAGCUGCUUUUCAGAAACACAGACACAAACAACAAAACCCAGAAUCUUAAUCAUCAGUUCUCAACUAUUUUCACAUCUUGACUAAGAACCCAGUUUUUCAAAUAAGGCACUUAAUAAAGCAUUUAAAUGUUGCACCUGCGCUCUAUGUAUUAGAAUUUAUAAAUGAUUUGAUUCAAUUUAAUUCUGAUCCUGUAUGAUUUCAUUUGCAUAUGAAGCUACAAUUUCAAUAGUAAAAUAAAAAUAAACAUAUAAAAUUGCACAUACGCCCCCUGUCAAAAGUUUUAGGACACUGUCUCAUUCAAAUAAAGUAGAACCUGUCCUACAACUUUUGACAAGGGGUGUAUUUCAUCAUAUGGAUGUGAUCAGGGCAGGACUCUGAUCAUACAUGUAAAGUUUCAGGCAGAUUGGAGCAUGUUCAGGGCAUUUACACAGCACUUGAAAUUUCAUGGAUAAAAAUUCCAGAGACUGCCACGGACACGCCCUUUGACUUUGGAAAAAGAUUUUAAUAACUUUGGAUCAUUAAGGCUUGGCUGAAUUUGAGGUGAAUUGGAGUUUCCCCCGAGGAGGAGUUCGCUCUAGAAAAAAAUGAAAAAUGGUCGCUCACUUCCUGUUGGGUUUGGAAUGUGGCUGUCACUGACUUUUUUGUUCAGCCUGAUGUGCUGCAUAUGUGUACCAAAUUUGGUAGAUACACCACCUGACAAAAGUUUUAGGACAGGUUUUACUUUAUUUGAAUGAGAAAGUGUCCUAAAACUUUUGACAGGGGGCGUAUGUGUCAUAUGUUUGACAUAUUUGUUUGAAAAAUAACCUACAUGAGUAAAUGCUGGUCAAAGCAGCAUUCAGUCAGUUUUCUGUUGUUCUUCUAAUGGUUUUCAGCUCUACAACAAACUCUUACAACUUAAAAACACUCCAUAAAGUAUGUCUUUUCACAAAAUUAUAAUUAUGGCAUUUUAUGUGUCUGAGAAGCAUCUGAACUCUGAAUAAUGAAUAUAUUUGAUGUGACAUUUUUGUAAAAAGUUAACUGUGUAAAACUUGUAGAAUCGAUGGGUCAGAAUGUAUUUUGUACUUUGUGUCUGUAUUAUUGUUGUCAGUAGUGAUGUCAGUGUACUCACAUUAAUUUAUGUUUGAAAGGAGGAAGGAAAAACAUAAUUGUGCUUGUCAGAGAAAUCUGAUGUUUUGUUCUGUUUAAGUUUGUUCAGUCAUGUGUCAGAUCUGCGGAAGCCCUUUUCCUACAAAAAAUAAAUCACAAAUAAAAUCAGGACAUGCAAAACAAGUAAAAACAUGACAACAGCUUACGAGAUGUAGUUACUCUUCUGGAGGAACUUAUCACAGGAUCUUCAUCAGCAUUCAAGAGCAGGAAUAAGCUUUAAAGCUGAAUGGAUUAGUCAUUAGUCCUUAUCGAAGUCCAUCAAAGGCUUAGAAAGACACAUUUUACAGAGUCCUUAAAAAGACCUCCAAUGUCCAAAAGCCAUUUGUGUGAAGUUAGGCCUUAAAAAAAAUCUUCAAAUGAUUUUUACAACACUUAAAAAAUUAUUAGAAGAUAAGUUGCAUUAACUUAUUUUAAAUGUGUUUUGGGAUAGAUUUUUUUAAAUGAUGAUGCAGUAGCAAAAGUGCAAAACAAGAACCAACAUGGAACAUAGUACACCAUUAAAGGAACAAAGUACAUUGUCAAAUGAGGAAGUCCAGCUAUAAAAGUAUCUGAGCUGAAUGGGAAGUCAAAAAACUUUAAGUCCCUUAUAUAAGACCCAAUAUUGUUCGAUAUUCACAUCAUGAACAGCGCGAGAGUGUAGCCUCAACACCACCAUCUCUGCACUAACAGCAUUAUAACCCCCUCAACUCUGGUGAGCAUCUUCCAGACAACAUGUGGAUCUACACCAACAUUAAAGGCAGAUAUGCUCUGGACAUUACACACGGUAGCCCUGGAAAACAUACGCAUUUUGCAGAAAGAAUGUUUUGUUUCUGGAUGUUACAGAAAACAGAACAGCCAAGUUGUUUUUUUGGGGGGGUGUUUUGUUUUUUGUUUUUUGUUUUUUUGGGGGGGUGGGCGGGGGGAGGGGGGGCAGUAUGGAUGUAAAAUAGGUCUUAAACUGCCUUCUCAAUGGUCUUAGAAUUGUCAAAUUGAACUUGUUAAAAUUAUGUUUAACUCGAUCUGCUGAAGUAGAUCAUGUGAUCUGAUCAAAAGCUCCAGAGACUGUAAAUUAAAAAUGAACUAUAUUUGUAACAAACUUUUGGGUUUUAUUUAGAAGUUCCACCUCAGAAUCUUCUCAAGAAAUCUCGAGUUUUGUCUUAAUCAUCAUCUUAGUUCAUUGUUAAUAGGAAUGGGCUUCCAUACUGAUCAGACUCUGUUGACAUGGUGACCACUCCCUUUCAAUUUCCUCUUAUCCUCUAUCAGGAGCUGAUCAAUUAAUCAAAUAAUUCCUUUCUGUUUGUUCUCAAACUGUUUGUUACAGUCCAGCGUGAGCUCUGUCUGCACUGUUUAACUCCUGAAUGUUAGGUUGUUUGUUUGUUAGGCUUAAUAAAGACAGAAAUAGAAACACAGUUUGUAUUUGAACAAAUCACAUCUAAAAAGUUGUAAAAAUCCUCGUACUCAACUCAUACUACCAAUAAUGGCAAGUAAAAAAGUUUUCAAAUUGAGGAAUUACUGAACAGCCUACAAGACUUUUCUUGUAGAUUGUUGAAGAUGUUUCACCUUCAUCCAGGAGGCUUCUUCAGUUCUGACUGUUCCAUCCACAGCCAUCUCUAAACGGGGAGGUGGUUUAUGACACCGCCUAUCAAACACCUACAACUCAGUAACAAGGUCUCUCCCCAAAAAGCUUCUCCAUUGUUAACAUCUUGAGUCACUCCUGACUUGGCAGAUUCACAUCCUUUGUUGUGUAAACUGUCAGCUCCAUCACCAUGAUUGCUGUCGUUGUUGGUGGACCACCUGGUUUCUCAACAUUCACACCUGGAGACAGAUGAGUCCUGGUCAUUAAUGGACCGUCAGUCAUGUGACCUGGAUAUAUUGUGGUACUCCCCAUUACUCAGAAGUGAUGAAGGUGAAAUGUCUUCAAGAACCUACAAGAGAAGUCGAGCUGAUUUUUUUUACUGAAACUCCUACAGUGAGAAAAUGCUACGUUUUCCUUUUUUAAAAGAAGUGUAUGAGUAUGUAUGGAGCCCUCUGUAGGGCAGAAUCUUUUGAGGCCUAAAGACUCGAAGUCCAAAUAAGAAUUAAAAAAUAUAUAAUUUUGAAAAUAUAAAAGCAAAGCUUGUGCUAAGACACAAAUAAAAUAAGAUACAAGUCUAGUCAAAAGCUGAAAAGUUUAAAUUGAAGGAUAAAACUGUCAUGGAAUUUCAGUAAAUAAAGCUGUAGAUCUGGAAAACAAAAGGCUUUUUAGCCAGUAAUCCACUACAUUUGACUUAUUUAUUUAUUGACUACAGCAAACUACUUUUUCACAAUUUAUGCACUUUUUUAGCACAUGCUCUUAUUUUACAAACUACUACUGUUUUCUACCACCGUCUUACAAUGUGAAGUGUCCUAUGAUAACCAAGAUUGAAUAGAAAAUUGAAACUGAUACCACUGAACAGCUAUAGUGUACUUUUAGCUAACAAAUCUGACCAUUUAUGCACUGUUUAUUGUAAUUUAAAACAUCUCAUCCCUUUUAGCAUUUUCACCUUCAACUUAAUACAUGUUUUAACCAUUUCUCCAGGACUCCUGGUUGCAUAUUAAUCUAUUACUUCCAGAGAACAGUGAAGACGUUCUCUGCUUAUACUCUUAAUAACAAAAUGUUGAUGUCCACGCAAUAUGUGGACUGUUUAGUAGAAAAUGUAAAGUGUAUUUUUGCGGACAGGUUGAUCUAAUCUUUCUGCAUACCCCUGGGCUAUUGUAUUGUAUUGUAUCUAUUGUAGAAGUGCCCCCUGUGGUUCCUGGUUCAAAGGGAGCAGCCUGAGCACAAUUUAUUAUGGAAAGCUCAAACCUAAUAUGCCGUCUGGGUCUCAGCUUGUGUUUCACCUUUGAGUGGCAUUGAUAAUAAGAUUCACUGAUUGUCCCAGCUGCUGACCUCUGACCUCUGGGGGGCGGUGUCUUUGUGUGUGAGCCUACAAGGAGACAUAAAUAUAAAUGAAACCUUUGCUUCGGACUGGAGGUCCAGUUCAAGGUCAGCCGAUGACCUCAGACUGUGAACCAGAUGAUUUUAGGUCUCUGACAUCAUUUCAUCUGCUUGCUUUAUAUGAGUUCACAUUUCACGCAUCAAACCAAACAUCAUACAAAUGCAAACACUGGGCACUGAUUAGACAAUGAUUUAAGGUUAAAAGGAGGUUUGACAAAAGGUCAUGGUCCAAAUGCAAUACCUUGAUAGUGGAAAAACAUAGCAUAUCAUAACAAUAAUAAUAAUAAUAACAAUAUUCACAAAGUGGUUCGAAAAGACACUUAAAGAAAAAUGCUAGCAAAUUUUAAAAGAGCUACAUUUUUAAACUAUUGUAUUUAUUAUCAUUAUUUAACACAACUUUUUGUGUUUAUUACGAGUAAACAGUUUUUUUUAAUUUUAUUUCAAGGUAAAACUGUUAUCUGAUAUUUCCUUUGUUUGCUUCUUUUACCUGCUAGCAUUUUUAAUUCACGAAAUACAAGCUUAAACAGCUGAAAUAAUAAAUAACAAUUAAGACUGAAACUGUGCUAAAGCACAAAAUACAAAACAAAAGAGUAUGUAAUUCAAAAAUAGUGUUGUUUUUAAGAGAGAGUUCCCCUGAAGCAUCAAAAUACAACCAAUCUGUGCUGAAGUUAAUAAACUAACUGCAGAUAAAUUUGAUGGUGGAACACAGUUCUGCCCUUACAAGUUUAUUCACUGAUGUGAACCCUCCUUCCACCAUAAAUUUACCCAGAAAUUUUUUUUAAUAGUACGCUUAUUAGGGCUGCACAUUGGCGUAGUGGCUAGCAAGAAGAUCCCCGGUUCAAAUCCCAGCCUGGGCCUGGGAUCUUUCUGCAUGGAGUUUGCAUGUUCUCCCUGUGCAUGCGUGGGCUUUCUCCCACAGUCCAAAAAUAUGCUGAGGUUAAUUGGUUACUCUAAACUGCCCGUAGGUGUGAAUGAGUGUGAUUGUUUGUCUGUAUAUGCAGUCCUGCGACAGACUGGUGACCUGUCCAGGGUGUCCCCUGCCUUUGCCCGAGUCAGCUGGGAUAGACUCCAGCACCCCCCCCGACCCUAGUGAGGAUAAAGUGGUCUAUAGAGAAUGGAUGGAUGGAUGGAUAGUACAUUUAUUAACUUUUUUUUAAAGAAAACAACACAAACAACCCAAAAAAAAAACCUUAAAAACAUCUCAGGUGUGGCAAGUCAAUUACAAACUAUACAUCAGACUUUACAGGAUUUUACAGGCAGGUUAGGCCAGUGCAGGAAAUCCUAGUGAUAUAGGGAGGACAGUGUAGAUCCAAUAUAUUUUAAGCUUAGUUCCCAGUCUUUAUGGAAAGUGUCCUCUGCUGAGUGAAGCAUACAGUUAAUAUACUGUAUUUAUUAGGGAUACGGUCCAUUACGAGAUUGUGCCAUGAUUUCUUUGUUGGAGUAGCUUCCUUGCUCCAAAAGAUCAGAAUCACCUUGCAGCAAAGGUCAGUAAUUUGAACAGUCUUUUAUGCUUGCUGUUUAUAAAUAUGAACAUGAGGGACGAAGGAGUUAGAAUCCAGCUUGUUUUUGAGAAUAGGUAUAAUAUGAACGUGAUGCACAAUCCUAAGCUGAAUAAAUUUGGUUCAGUUGCAGACAGUACAUCCAUAGCAUGUGCCCAUAAUCAUCACCAGGCUGCAGGAAGACGUAUUCAAACAGCGAGUUUGGAGAUGUGUGUGAGGAAAAGAGAUACCCUCCACAUCCUGAUCCUGCACCAUGUUGGCCUGUUCAGUGAAGGAAUCAUCCAUCAAAGUCAGUGUCACAGCAGAGGUCUGAGGCCCCAGGGUCUGUCGGAGCCCUGAAACCUGGACAAUGAACAAGACUCGUAUAAAGACAGAGGAGUGAAAGAGAGUGUGAGGAGGUCAAAAAAGGAGGACAGGAAGGAGGGGUGAGUAGUGUGAAUGUGCUGCCUUCUUGUGGAAGAUACAAGUUAUGACAGCCUCAUCACAAACUCAGUCAUCAGGCAGCAGCCUGCUGGGACCACAGAGGCAGGUCACAGUGUUGAACAGGGAUGGUCAGACUGACAGGGUUACUCACACUGGAGUGGCAUAAUGGGUGGUUCAUUUUUUAGUCCUCUUUUGGAAACCUACACUAAUCAUUUGCUUUUGUAGGCAAGACUGCCAUAUAGAAGUGUGUAUAUGAAUUCUCAUAUACUUCUAUACUAAAAAUCUGAAACUGUAGCCAAAGUUCAGAUUUUUCAAGCUCAAAAUUACAAUUCAAAUUGCAUAAAAAUAAAUACAUAUAAGAAUCUUACAGCAAAAGUGUCCUUGUGGCUGUCCUUACUCGUCCUUGACUUGCCCCAAAUGGUUGAGGCAAAUGGCCGUCCUUCCUCAGCCUGAGUUCUGUGGGAGCUUUCUGUCAGAUCAGUGAACUCUCCACCAUGAAAAUAUGUUGUUGUAUUUAAGGUAAUAUAUGCCUUUAACCUCAGUCAGAUGGGAUAGACUCCAGCCCCCCGUGACCCUAAUGAGGAUUAAACGUUGUAUAGAUAGUGCAUGAAUGGAUAUUUGUUUUUUGUUUUGUUUUGUUUUUUUCUCUGCUGUUCCAGUUUUUGCAGCCUUGAAACAAAGUGUAUUUGGGGAGAAGUUCUAGAGGUGGUGCAUGAAUAGCCAAUCAGUCAGAGUGUGGGAGGAGCUGAGUAAACAAAAAAUGAACAAACAGCUUUGAGGUCAAUCAGGAUCUGAUCAGUCACUCAGAAAUCGGUCAAACUUUAAGAUGAAUCUGAUUCUGCUCUUCGGUCUGUCUCUCUGCUGCUGGAUGGCUGCUGCCAGGUCCACAUGGACCGAUAAGCCCUGGAUCAUUGUGGGUAAGGAUGAAAUCAAGGAGGGAGAGACACUGAAGGUCAGCUGCACGCUUCCAAUCGACUACACUGGAGGAAACUGUCGUCUUUUCAGAGGAAACUCUGCCAUCCCCUUCAGGCUAAAGACAGCCUUAGAUUUUGUCUGCGUCUUUCACCUGUCAUCUAAAGUGCUGCUAGGAAAUCAUCCGGUGGGCAGCGAGAUCUCCCUCAGGUGUGACUACCAGAUCCAGGAAUACACCUCAAAGUCCAGUGACAAUGCAGUGGUGAUCGUCUGGGGCAGCCGUCCCAGUCCCAGUCUGUCAGUCAGCCACCACUUUGUCUCUCCUGAUGACAGCACUGAGGUCACCUGUUUACCUCCUCUUGGUUACGCCCCCAGCUGUAGCUUCUACAGAGGUCAGUACAGAAUCGCAAAGGGGUCCUGCAGCAGGAAUAUGACAGGUCGGGAGCUCGCCAUUUGGGAGAAACCAGCCCUCCUGCUUCCUGUCAACCUGACCUGCGCUUAUGAGCCAGACCUGGACCGCUACAUCCGCUCAGAGAAGAGCAACCAGCUUCUGCUGCUUGUAGUCGAUGUGAACAGAGUCACCACAUCAGUCAACUGUAAAGUCUCAGUAAGUGAUGAUCAACUGGAGGUGAUCAAAGACAGGAGCUGGACGUCUGCUGGGGCAAAUGGAUCCAGUGUCACCAUCCAGGUGACAAACAGCAAUCUGAUGCUCAGUGACACCUGUGACUACUUAAAGAGUCUGAACUGAUGGAUGUGAAAACAUACAGAGUUAGACGGAAGGCAUAUGAACACAUAUAGAAUCAGAUAUCCUAAUGUAAAUACAUACAGAUUCAUACACACUGAUUUAAACAUGAGUCGGACUUUAAAUAAAGGAGAGCAUGUGAAGUCAAGAGAAAGAAAAACAAGUUUAUUUUAGCUUAAUUUUGCUAUACAAUGUGUCUACAAUGGUAGCAGGGGGCUAAUGGUUGUGGGUGGAUACAUUUUUACAGUCUCUUGUGUACACGCCUCUCUGGUUGUAAAUGAAAGUGAAUGGAGGGGGUGUAGGUGUAGGAGGAAAUUGACCCUCUAGUGACAUCCAGUGGUUUUAACUGUUGUACACUGCACAUCUAAAGAAUUAAACAAUACAUUUCAAAUCAA